CCGUGCCACUGCAGUGCUGCAGGACAGUCUUACUGACAAUAGCCUUCUCUUUUCUGCCUUGCAUCACUUCCUCCCUCAACCUGGAGGAUCCUAAUGUCUGCAGCCACUGGGAGAGCUGAGUGUGAAGUGGCUGGGAUGAGAAUCAGCACCUCAAAGUCCGAGUCCAUGGUUCUCGCCCGGAAAAGGGUGGAGUGCCAUCUCCAGGUCGGGGAUGAGCUCCUGCCCCAAGUGGGGGAGUUUAAGUACCUUGGAAUCUUGUUGAGUGAAGGAUGGAAUGCGAGAUCAACAGGGGGCUUGGUGUAGCAUCUGUAGUGAUGCAUACUCGGGUUUGUUGAGGUCAAAAGGGAGCUGAGCCAAAAGGCAAAGUUCUUGAUUUACCGGUCGAUCUACAGUACGGUAAGUCCCCACACUCACCUAUGCUCAUGAGCUUUGGGUAGUAACUGAAAGGACAAGAUUGCGGAUGAAGUGAGUUUUCUCCACAGGGUGGCUGGGCGCUCUCUGCUUUUCAGAUAAAGUGAGAAGCACUGUAAUCCGGGAGAAACUUGUGGAGUACAGCCGCUGCUUCUCCGUGUUGAGAGGAGACAGAUGAGGUGGCUCAGGCAUCUGAUCAGGAUGGCCUAGGAGAGCCUUCGGAGGAGCUGGACGAAGCAGACGGGGAGAGGGAAAUAUAUUCUGUGACAGUGCAGGAGUCGUAUGCCCAUCCUUUUGAUCAGAUUUAUUACACCAGCUGCACAGACAUCCUCAACUGGUUCAAAUGCACUAGACACAGGGUGAGCUACAAGACAGCCUAUCGCAGAGGACAGAAAACUAUGUACCGCAGAAAGUCCCAAUGCUGUCCAGGAUUCCUUGAAAAUGGAGAAAUCUGUGCUCCUCAUUGUGCAGAGAGCUGUGUUCACGGCCGUUGUAUGGCCCCCAACACCUGUCAGUGUGAGCCUGGAUGGGGGGGUUCCAACUGCUCCAGUGCUUGUGACAGUGAGCACUGGGGUCCGCACUGCAGUAACAGAUGCCAGUGCCAGAACAAGGCUCUGUGUAAUCCCAUCACUGGAGCCUGCAUCUGCACUCCUGGAUACAAAGGUUGGCGCUGCGAGGACUUGUGCGAAGUCGACACCUACGGUAAUGGUUGCCAACAGAAAUGCCAGUGUCGGAAUGGAGCUCGCUGUCACCAUGUGACUGGAGAAUGCACGUGUUCACCAGGAUACACGGGAGCUUUUUGUGAGGACUUGUGCCCUCCUGGUAAACAUGGACAGCAAUGUGAAGAAAGGUGUCCAUGCCAGAAUGGCGGCGUGUGCCAUCAUGUGACCGGAGAGUGUUCCUGUCCAGCAGGAUGGAUGGGUACAGUGUGUGGACAGCCAUGUCCAGAGGGGAGAUUUGGCCCAAAUUGUUCACAAGAAUGCCAGUGUCACAACAACGGCUUAUGUUUUUCAUCCACUGGACAGUGUCUUUGCAGUCCUGGAUACACAGGAGAACGGUGUCAGGAUGAAUGUCCAGUUGGUACUUUUGGUGCUGGCUGCACAAAGACGUGUCGCUGUAAGAACAACGGCAAAUGCUACCACAGCAACGGAAACUGUCUUUGUGAGCCUGGAUACACAGGCGAGACGUGCGAUGUCCGACUGUGCCCCGAUGGACACUACGGCCUCCGCUGUGAUACAAAGUGUCCGUGCCAUGCCCAGUAUACGCACAGCUGCCAUCCGAUGUCAGGGGAGUGUGCGUGUGUGUCCGGUUGGUCCGGCCUCUACUGCAAUGAGUCGUGCGCCCCAGGCUUCUACGGCGAGUCCUGCCAGCAGGUGUGCCGCUGUCAGAAUGGCGCAGACUGCCACAGUGUAACAGGAGCGUGUGUCUGUGCUCCAGGCUUCACGGCCUUGGACUGCUCAGUCCCGUGCCCAGCAGGAUCUCAUGGAGCAAAUUGCUCCUCCAUCUGUAACUGUAAGAAUGGAGCUCAGUGUUCACCUGUGGAUGGGUCCUGCUUCUGCAAACCAGGGUGGCAUGGUGUGGACUGCUCCAUCAAUUGCCCCAGUGGUACGUGGGGUCUAGGCUGUAACAUGACCUGUAUGUGUGGGAAUGGAGGCGCGUGUGAUGUUGUGACUGGUCGCUGUACCUGUGAUGCAGGCUGGAGAGGCGAGAGAUGUGAGCUGCAUUGCCAGGACGGUACCUAUGGUCUUGACUGUAAGGAGCGCUGUGACUGCAGCCAUGCCGAUGGAUGUCAUCACUCAACCGGGCACUGCCGCUGCCUGCCUGGUUGGACAGGUAUCCACUGUGACAGUGUGUGUGCAGAGGGCCGCUGGGGCCCAAACUGCUCACUUGCCUGUCACUGUAAGAAUGGAGCGUCUUGCACUCCUGAUGAAGGAACCUGUGAGUGUGCACCAGGAUUCAGAGGCACCACCUGUCAGAGAAUCUGUUCUCCAGGUUACUUUGGUCACCGCUGUAGUCAGACAUGUCCCCAGUGUGUCCACAGUAAUGGACCAUGCCACCAUAUAAGCGGCCAGUGUGACUGCCUCCCAGGCUUCAAGGGAGCGCUUUGCAAUGAGGUGUGUCCCAGUGGUUACUACGGUAAGAAGUGUGCACAGAGCUGCAGGUGCACCAACAACGGCACCUGUAACCCCAUCGAUGGAUCCUGUCAGUGUUUUCCAGGAUGGAUCGGCAGUGACUGUUCACAGCCUUGUCCGCCCAGUCAGUGGGGACCCAACUGCAUCCACACAUGUAACUGUCACAAUGGAGCAUACUGCAGUGCCUAUGAUGGAGAAUGCAAGUGCACACCAGGAUGGACCGGCCUAUACUGCACACAACGUUGUCCUUUGGGGUUUUAUGGGAAGGAUUGUUCACAGACAUGCCAGUGCAGGAAUGGAGCAGACUGUGACCACAACUCUGGACAAUGCACCUGUCGCACUGGGUUCAUGGGUCAGCACUGUGAACAAAAGUGUCCUCCUGGUUCCUACGGUUAUGGCUGCCGGCAGGUGUGUGACUGUCUAAAUAACUCCACCUGUGAUCACAUCACUGGUACAUGCUACUGCAACCCGGGCUGGAAGGGGGCACGUUGUGACCAAGCCGCUGUUGUCGUUGGCAGCCUCAACACUUUGACGAGUGCUGCCAUGCAGGUGGACACCUAUCAGAUCGGAGCAAUUGCAGCAAUCAUUGUGCUGGUGCUGCUGGUGCUCUUCUUCCUCCUCCUCUUUAUCAUCUAUCGGAAGAAGCAGAAAGGAAAAGAAGCUCCCAUGCCAGCAGUAACUUACACGCCUGCUAUGAGAGUCACAGCUGACUACACCAUCACAGAUGCUCAGGCACCACAUGACGUUCACCCCAGCAAUUACUUCUCCAACCCCAGCUACCACACUCUGACCCAGUGCAUCAGCCUUCAACAUGUUAACAACACUCCAUAUGGAAAAGCUAAGAACAACAUGUUUGCAAACUUCAAGAAUGUAGAGGAAAGAAAGAGAUAUCCUCUUUCUGACACCACCGGCACGCUGCCUGCAGGCUGGAAACAUGGCGACUGCUUCAACGAACUGGGAGCUUGCGGAAUUGACAGGAGGUGCACGGGGAAGUCUUUACGAGACCUGGUGAGAGGCACGCGAUAUCAUGGCAGCUCCUGCUCCCUGAACAGCACAGAAAACCCAUAUGCCACUAUCAAGGACCCCCCGCUUCUGACGAGCAAAAACACGGAGUGUGGCUAUGUGGAAAUGAAGUCGCCUGCGAGACGGGAUUCACCCUACGCUGAAAUCAGCCACAGCGGUCUGACCAGUAAUAAGAACAUCUAUGAAAUUGAGCCAACAGGAAGCAGUACUUGCUCCACGGGACAAAGUCACGAUUGCAUGCAGCCAGGCCAGGACCCAUACGAUCUCCCAAAAAACAGCCAUAUCUCCUGUCACUAUGAUGUGCUGCCGGCGCGAGAAAGUCCAACGUCAGAGCACCAGAAGCCGGACAUCGACUGACAACGUUGUUAUUCGCUGCAGAGAUAAGGUUUUCACCUCUAGCUGCAGUGCUGCCUGGAAGUGUAAAAAUAGCACAAUUUCUUGAUGUUUCCAUCAAGAUGGCCUGACAACUGCUAAAGGGAAAGCUGUUCAUACCGCUUUAAAUAGCUUCACACAAUGCCAGGUGAGAGACAUUGCUAGCGGAGACGUAGUCGAUGAUCACACAAUUCAAAAGGUUCUCAAUUUGUAUUAAAAAAUAAGAGCAGUAUAUUUGGUUACAGAGUUACAGAUGAACAAGGAGCCCAGAAUGAAAGUACACAGAGUCAAUAUAACAGUUGCCACGACCCUCUAGAAAGUGAAAUUUAAGCUUGUGUGAGUGAGAACAAUGCAUCUAUUGUGUGUCUCCUGGUAUUUUCCCAUUUUUUAUAUGCGAGUGUUGUGCAACUCUUGUUGUGCUAUGUGAGUGGAGGUGUCAUGAAAGCAAUAUGUGAAGCUAUUAGACUGAACCUCCGUCCAUCCAUACAUUUUCUAUACUGCCUCAUUAGGGUCGCGGGGGUAUGCUGGAGCCUAUCCCAGCUGACUUCGGGCGACAGGCGGGGUACACCCUGGACUGGUCGCCAGCCAAUCGCAGUAGACUGAACCUAACAGUAUCAAGCACAGGCCUUUUUACCUUCCUAAAAGAGCUCCUCUUCUCCUCUCAGAUAUCCUUGUAACAGCGCACAGAAUCCAUGACCCCUCUAGCUUUCAUUAGCAUUCAAUAAUCUUAACCCUUAAUGAUGGUCAUGACAAUCAAGCGGUUCGGACUAAAAGAGUGGCCAACAUGGGUGUGUGUGUCUCCUGGGUGUGUUUUUAGGAUUUUCAUUGUCACAUCCAUGGUGAUGGCUUUCCUUUUCUUUGGCGCAGCUACGCUAGGGGAGACUUAAUGAAGCCCAAAAAGUUAUCUAAUCAGCGAUGUUUUUCUUCCUCGGUGUGGCUGAGCAGGCACACACUGCAACUCUAACUAGUUCUCAAGCAAGUCUCAUGUUUACGGACCAAAAUUAUGUUCUUAAUGAAUUUAUGAGAGCGCGUUUGUGACCAUGAAAUGUCGUAACACGGAACGCCGUAAACCCAGGACCGCCUGCACGUUACUUGGCAGAUGUGUCAAGAAUGACGUUGGAAAAGCACAGUCAAGUCGACUAAUCAAACCAACAUUUUGAAACCCUUUGUGAUUGGGAACAUUCUUAGUCAAUAUCUCAAUUUCAGGAGCAACAGCAUGAGCAUCUACGGUGAGAAUAAAGUCGUAAACUUACUUACAUGUGUAUACUAAACAUGGGUUUUGGAAAAUAAAUAUGACCAUUUUUAAAAAAAAAAAAAGUGUUUUUUUGAGAAAAAAUUGAAUAUCAGAAUGAUUUUUUUUAAAUUUUCCAAGUGGAAAUAAAGUUAGGAUAGUCAACGGAGCAUUUCAUUGCCAACUUAAAGAUGAGAACUGGACUCUCUCUAAUACUUUGACAAAUAAUGAAAUACUUUUGGCACAGAGAUGUUUGUCAACAUCAGAUUAUCAUCAGGACUUUUCAGCGGAUAUUCCUUACUCGGAAUUGUAUGCCAGUUAUGGCAGCCAGUAGAUGCUUGCCGUCUGUGUGGCCAUUUGGAAUUUCACUUUCAAAAUAUGACUUUUUUAAAUGUUGUUUUAGUGGGCCCCUAAUACUCCUUUGUACAAGUGAUUAUGAUACCAUAUAUGAAAGAUUUCUACCAGCUUUGUCAUAUGUGCCAAAUAUAUCAAAUUGUUUUUGUCAGCGUACAUUAAAGGUUACAUUUUGCAUUGGAACAACAUUCCAUUCCAACAAGUGAUUUACCAAUGUCACAAAUGUCGUCAACAUGUUUACAACUCUUUUAGUAUUGUAUUUUUUGUUUAUACUUAAGGAAUAGUCUACACUACUACAAAUGAAGUGAAGGGGUGUCCAAAGUGAAGCCGGGGGGCCAUAUUCGGCCAGCGGCUUUUUUUUUUAUUGGCUCGUGGCACAUUCUAAAAAUAUUAUUUGACAAGACAAAUUUUAAAAACAGCAAAAAUGGAAAAAUCAACACUAAUUUUACAAGAAUAGUUUAAAUAUUGGGAUAAAAAGUUGUAAUCUAAUGAAAAAAAGUAGUCAUUUUCUGAGAAUAACAUAGCAUACAUUUAAAAUAUUAAAGAAAAAAAGAAAUAUUUUUAUGAGAAAUAAACCCAAAAAAAUGAAGUUCUAAUUUUUGAAAAAUUAAAAAUUUAAUUUCACAAGAGUAAAGUCUAAAUAUUAUGAGACAAAAGUUGUAUUCUAACGAGAAAAAAGUCACAAAAGUCUAUGAGAAUAAACUCUGGGAAAAUAAUGUCAUUUUAGUUGGAAAUGCUAAAGAAAAAAUAUGUUAUUGUUACAAAAGUCGUACUAUUAUGAGAAACAAAACACAGUUGUCAUUUUUGGAAAAUUAGCUUGGGGAAAAAGUUAUUACAUUUAUAAUAUCAUGGGAAUAAAGUCAUAAUAUUACGAAAGUACAGUAUAUGAAAUGUUUGGAAAAUUUUAAAAAAUAACUGCAAAAAUGGGGAAAAAGGAACAGAAACUGAAGUGUGUGCUUUUCUAGGUACCCAGAAGUGAACCCAUUAUUCAUCCACUCCUCAGUCACACACUGAUGGUAAACUAUAUCUGUAGUCACAGCUGCCCUAAGGUAGACUGAUGCAAACGUGGCUGCCAAUUUGCGCCUACAGCCUUUCCGACCACCAACAAACGUUCAUUCACAUUCAUACACCAGUGUGGGCCGCACUGGAGGCAAGGUGGGUGAAGUGUCUUGUCCGAGAACACAGCAACAGUGACUGGGUGGAGGGAGCUAGGAUCGAGCCGCCAAACUUUCCGGUUUCUGGACGACCAAUAUCACAGAGCUGAGAGCACAGAGCUUUUUCUUUACAAAAUACCAAAGUGGCCCUUGCAUCCUUUCAUAUUUCAGUAUGUGGUCCUCGGUAGAAAACGUUUGGACACCCCUGACCUCGUGCCAUUGACAGUAGCUCAACUGAGCAAGAUACUCUUCGACACAGUGGUGCGGUAUUAUUCUUGUGAAUGUUUUGUUUUAUAUUUGUCUUGAUAUAAAUGUUGGUUGUCUUAACACUUAUACUUAAUACUGUAUCUCUCUUGUAAAACAUUUACAAUCCAGAUAUGCACAGAACGUCCUGGGUGUGAGGCAGAUAUGCUAACCAUAUCUCCAAGUCAGUGAAUGCUACACAAAUCAGGUUUGUGGUCCACUUAUCAAGAACAUUAGCCACAACUUUGAAAUACUGUUUUUGUGUCAUUACAAGUGAAAAAAAUCAUUGAAUUUGUAUGUUGGGUGCCAUGAAUAAGUUGAUAAUGAAGUUCUUAUGCUUGCACACUUGCUUGAUCAACCUGGUGCAAUAUAACACCGGGCUGGCCUGUUUGAAGCCAUGUUUUCAGUUGUCACGGUAGCACAAAGCACACCGCACCCAGGCUGCUCUGAACAGGCCUGUUUAGAGUGUAUUUUGUAGGAUUUUAAAUGUGCUACAAUUGUCACAGGCAUGUCACAGACAUUUUAAGAAGACACCUGGGAACUGUUAUGAUCUGUGGAAGAGAAAUAACACGUCUCCUUGAAAAGUGCCACUCAUGUCCUUACUGUGAUAUUUUUGAAGGCGCAUGAGGGCCACACUGAAAAGUAAAUACAGUAAUCCCUCGCCACUUCAUGCUUCGCGUUUUGCGGCUUCACGCUAAUACGGUUUUUCAAGCAUAUUACUUAAUAUACCAUGCUGUUUUGUGGUUGAAUACUGCUUAUUAUUAGUAUUUUUACAAAAUUAAAUUUAAGCAAAUGUUACAUAUUUUCCUAAAUUAAGCAUUUUCCGGCUAAAUGAAGUAAAAUACAAAUAUAAGGCAUUCAGAAGAUGCAUUCAAAGACGAUGUAGUAUUCUACACUGGUCACUAGGUGUCAGUAAUGUUAUUGUAAUGUUCGGUGAGACACACAAGCCCCAGACUUGAUCGCCGGGCUUUUAUUGCAGGUUUGAAUGAUCUCACAACAGGCACAAUAAUCUGUAACAUGGGCUACUGUUGCGGGCAUAACCCAUGCCAAGCUAAAUCUGAACUCUGAACCCACGACGUCACUUCCUGUCCGUCCCCCACUCAGCUCCCCCAAAACCGGAACACAUUUACAGCAACACACACAAUAUUUAUGCCUUAAAUGGCUUAUUUAAUCUUAUUAUGUCUACUAUAUUGGGUAAAAGGAGUGUAAAGGUGACUCUAGGGGUGUUAUUUCAUGUCUAGGGGGCUCUAAUAAUGCUAAAAACUAUUUAGAACGUCGUAAACAGGUGCUCUAAGUUUUAACUACUAAAAUAUUGUAUUUCAUUUAUAAAUACGGAAUCUUACUUCACGGAAAUUCACUUAUCCCGGUCGAGUCUGGAGUCAGUGAACCACGACACACGAGGGAUUACUGUAAUAAUAGUCCUACAAGAGUGAAAUAUUAAUGGAAUAAAUGCAUAAUUUUUAAAAGUCUUAAUAUUAUGUGGUGGAAAAGUGAUCAUUUCGUUCUGUUAAUUUUAGUAUUUAUUUUCUUUUCAAUGAGGCCCCAAUACUUGUUUGUAGUCUGUAAUGAUAUUGCAUAACAAAAACUGUACCCUAAAACAGCCUAUAUCGGGAACUUGGCAAACAGUAGGGCAUCGUCAAGGUAUUUAUAUUUUUAAAAACUAAGAAUAACGCAAAGAAGUAAUUGCUUUAUUGCUGUGCAAUUUACAAAGGCUGAGGUGAUCUCAUGAAAUUGAAGCUUAAGCUGGACUUGGGCUUUGUGAAAAGAAUGCUCCCUACUCAGAUAAUCGGCUGUUCCUGUCUUAACCUCUAUGGAAAAAAAAAGAUUUUUACAUACUUUAUGAUGAGUGUUUUUGAAGCAUUGUAAAUAAUGUAUACAUUUUUUGCUCUGUUUUGAUGUAAAAAUGCAAACCUCAGUGUCUUAUUUGUGUAUAUCAGUCAGGCUUUUGGUAUAAUAAUGAACUGUGUAACCAUUUGGACCUUUAACAGAACUCAGCCAUUCACCAUCUAAAUUGCAGUUAUGUUGGUUGUGAUCUUGACUGUGCAUGUAUUGCUUUUAAAGAACUGCUUGGGUGCAAACUGUAAAA